GUGGGAUGGUGGACUGGGAGAGAGAAACCUAAGUCGGACGGCUUCCCACAAGGUCGACAUAGUCGACUUAGUCCCAUCGCAACUCAGGCACGCCAGGCUGGCGACUAGAAACACACAGAAAAGCUAGAACUCGGCAAUUUCAUGUCUCCGAACCCCCAUUUCGCCGUUUAAUCAAUUCAUCACCACUAGGGCACAGUAGCAUCCCACCCUGACCGAAUCAUGUUGGACUGGAAUGGACGUGGCAAUCUGCAGUGUGCCCCGGGGGUAGAUAUGCCUGGUCUGACUGGCUGUCACAGUGGGUGCUCAAUGCAUAGCCGAAGCUUAGUAGUCGGAACACCCCGGUCAUCUCCUGAUGUGGCCACUGGCCAGGGUUUCAAGCUGCAACCUGAUUAUUCACGCCGCUUAUCGAGCAAGCAUCGGAAAUUCCCCGAAUCCAUGACUCUCUCUCUGUCUCUGUGGCGGGCACCGCCCAAUCCUCGAGCCAGGACCUCACGUCUAGCUAGAUCCUUCACACUAUCAGGCUUCAGGAUGCAGACUAUCGACCCCCGCUGCCUGGUGUCGAACACUAAGCGACCACCACGUGGGAUCCAGCACGCUGGUCUUGGUAGCCCGACUUCUUCGCCUGCAGGGCAAGGAAUAAUAGGCUUUCGUGCAGAGGUUUUCGUCCUAUGCAGGGACGUAGUCUAGCAAGGGUCGACAUCCUGGCGAAGAAUAAUUAUUCACCCCAAUGCCGGGUGCCCCAUAGCCAGCCACCAGCCGCGCCAAUCUGCUCCGUA